AUGACCAGCAGCUCACGUCACAUGACCCGCAGCUCACGUCACAUGACCAGCAGCUCACGUCACAUGACCCGCAGCUCACGUCACAUGACCAGCAGCUCACGUCACAUGACCCGCAGCUCACGUCACAUGACCAGCAGCUCACGUCACAUGACCCGCAGCCCGCAGCUAAAAGUGAACGCCUUCUGCAGAACCACAGAGACUACUGUUUAA